AUGGCUUUAGGAAUUAUCCAAGACUUUAAGGAUUUUAUAAAGAAAAGGGGAGGAAAUGUUAUGGACUUAGUGCUUGCUGUAAUUAUUGGUACAGUUUUCACUAAAGUGGUUAACUCACUUGUGAAUGACAUUGUUACACCACCACUUGGUUUACUUAUUCAUGGUACAAAUCUUGAAAAUUUCUUCAUCGUUAUUCGUCAUGGUCAAACUCCCAAUGCCAAAUAUAAUACACCUCAAGAAGCUCAAGAAGAUGGAGCAGUGACCGAAAAUAUUGGUUCCUUCCUUAAUGCCGUCAUUGAAUUCUUUAUGGUGGCUAUCACUUUAUUUUUGAUAUUCUAUGUUUACAAAUUAAUUCGAAAGCCAAAGGAGAAAACAGAGGAAUGCCCAUGGUGUCAAGCUGAUAUUCCAGUUGGUUCUAUAAAAUGUCAAUUUUGUACCAGCAUUAUAGUUGAAAAAAUCCCUUCUCAAUACCUAAGAGAUACCAAAGAUUCUACUACAAAUACUGCAAAUCCUGCUACAUCUUCACCCGAUAAUCUGAUAGAUAUUCAAUAA